AUGAAGGAGGCAUUCUCCAUGCCGCUGCAGGGCUUCGACGCCAUACGCAUCCUCUCACAGAUCAUAUCGCUACAGGCGCUGCACUACCUCGUCCUCUCGGUGCUCAUCCCGCCACUGCUCGCCCUCUUCUCGUCCCAAACCCAACUCACAUUCGAAGGAGGGCCAACACAGGUGGGCAUGGUCCUCGACUGGAGGGAACUCGCUGCAAGACCAACCUGGGACUGGCAAGACUCGAUCGCCUCCUGGGGCAGCACCAGCGGCGGCAUCGGCGGUGUCCCACCUGCUGCAUCGGCGGCCUCGGACGACCUCGAAUGGAAGAGCGGCAUCUUCACAGAGUCGGGGCAGAGACUCAGCAUCGCCGGUUCUCCCAGCGACACACAGGUCGGGGCAGGUGGCGGCGGCGGCGACGGCGGCGGCGACAACGAGAUCAAAGUCGAAAAGGGCGGAGAGGGCCUCAGGAAGUGGGAGUGGACGCAUACCCGCGAUCCAGCCAGGAGCUGGUGCAUCGUCGCCGCCUGGAUCGUCUCGGCCUUUUUCGAUAUGAUCACGCUCGUCUUUCUGGUACGGCGACCGACGCACAUCCUCGACCACGCCCUGACGCUGCACCUGCUCCACGUCGUCAUCACGUCCUACUACUCGUCGUCGCUCCCCACGUCCCUCUUCUGGUGGACCUUGAUGGCCCUCCACGCCGGCAUCACCAUCGUAUGGGCAGAACAGCUCGCCAUCAACCGCGAAAUGAACCGUUCCAUCGGCUCCUCCCUCGUCGGAACCGGUUCCGCAUCCGCCAGCAACUCAAAACACCACCACCACCGACGACGCGGGUCGAACCUCGUCGAUGACCACGAGAGGCAGGUCCUCUUUGACCCGUCUGACCCAGACCUCGACGACCACGAGGCCGCCGCAGACGUCGAACAACACGAGCUGAAACGAUUCAGCUAG